CCAAACCGAACCCGCAGCUGAUAAUUCAUCCUUCAAGGACAAUAGUCAGGUCACAUCACCACUCCCCUCUGAGAGCAAUAUCAUGAGACCAGCAUACCAUGCGCCCAGCCCAAGCAUGUCGCCAAUGCAGAAAUAGCAAGCGAAAAUGUGUUCGGUCUGGUGGAGACCAACAGGCUUGCAGACAAUGUCUGAAACGCCACCUCGACUGUUCAGGGACCAGACGAGCGAUUGUACGGUCGCCGGCCGUCAUCGCGGAGAAGCCAGGGAAGCCGCUGCCAGGGGCGGGAGUACCGACUGGUGAUGAUACUAAUGGGGUUUCGGUUGGACUUCGACUUGAUGGUCAGCCAGUGCUGCCAUCCCAAGAAAUCAUCGAAGACGUGGUCGAAUGUUACUUGCGAUGUCUGCAUGAUAAACCGCAUGCGCUUUUCCAUGUUCCUACGUUGUGGCGCGAUGUGAGGGAACGACGGAUUUCGAUUACUGUCUUGUUUGGGAUUUUGGGUCUUGCGGCCCGCUUUUCAUCCAAUGCCUCAACAAGAGCACGCGGGCCCGAGUUUGCUGAAGCGGCGAAACGGCUUUUUAGGGAAGAUCUCGAGAAUAUUUGUCUGAGUAAUAUUCAAGCGUGUAUUCUUCUGGGGAAUAUUUACGGGGCGGAAGCGAAGUCGGAUCAGGAAUCACUUAUUUUUGGCAUAGCAAUGCGCAUGGCCCACAUAUGUCGACUUUCCGAAGACUUUGCUUCUGAUUCCCUGACGGUACGAGAAACCAAGCGCCGCAUCUGGUGGACAUUGUGCAUGAUAGACCGAUGGUCGUCUGCUGGACUCGGACUGCCGCGACAGAUGCACGACGUUGAUACCGCAAACGGAUCUGCCCACGCUCCCGAACUACCCAUGGACGAAGCGGCGUUCCACUCGUUAGGGAUCGACGACAUGGUUUUGUCUCAACCCCGUAGACCAGGAACAUGGGCAUACAUGAUCGACCUAGUCAACAUCUUUGCGCCGAUUCAAGACUUGAACAGGCGGCUCGCCCAAGGAACCAUGGACGACGAUCUGGUCGAGGAACAAGUUUUGAUUCUUGCUCAACGGUUUGAGAAGUGGGAGGAAUCAUUACCCCUCGAUAUGAAGUUGUCUGCCACAAAUAUCGAAAAACAUCGCGCCAAAGGCCAGGGCGGCACGUUUGUCGCAUUGCAUCUCGGGUUUCAGCAUUAUGCUACAUUGUUGUUUUUCCAGUAUUUGGACAGACAGCGUCUUGACAGGGAUAAACAGCGCACGUCGACAACAACGCUCAGAAGUAGUGUCUUUGCGAGCAGAUGCAAGGAACAUGCGUCGGCGUAUAGUGAUUUGUUGAAACUUGCGGAUGAAAUGGACGAUUGUCGUGCUGUCUAUAAUAUUGUGGGGCAUAUGACUGUUGUGUCGUCGUCGGUUUUGCUUCAUACCUUGUUGUUUGGGGAUGAGCAGGAGUUGAUGCCGGCGAGGUUGAGGUUGGAGUCGAAUUUUAAGAUUUUGACAAAGUUGAAGUGUAUUUGGCCUAGUGUGGAGGGUAUGAUGGCUCGUCUCUUCACGUUUCAAAACGCUUGCUUCUGGGCCGUCGAUUCGCAUACCCAUAAAAUCGAUCAGUGGAUGGUCAAGUUUUUGCUGGAGCAUGCUUUGCCGCUGCCAAACAAAACAAAUCUUUGGGAGCAGAGUUCGCCCACGGCGUCGGAGUGGGAGGCUCUUUCGACGGAGGCACAGCAGUUGACGAAGAGGAGUCGGAUUACGAGUGAUGCCCUGUCUGGACUUUUGGGCUAAGCAAUGGGCAUGUUUGCCUCUCACUGGUUGGUGGAGGUUGCUCGAUUGAAAGCCCUUCAGAGCCAUGGACAUGGAUCGUGGUAUAGUGCAAGACAUGGGCAUGCACACACGCCCGCAACAUCUUGAACAGCUUUUACUGCGGUGUGGUAUGUGGCAGCGAGGUCAAAAAGGUAACAAUGCGAUGCGAAAAACCACCGACAAAACCGCCUUGCUGUCCAACGUCAGACAAGUUCAACAUCAACAGAAUAUCUGUUGGUUGACAGAGGAGGACGGAAGACAUUCAAGAGGCAUGUAAAAACAUACAAUGUGACAGAUGUGGUGUAUGCCAACCAGUAUCUUCAGAACACUCAAAUUGUCACAGGAGACAUCAACAGUACAUUACAAUGAAUGGGCCUUGUUCUCAGCUGCCCUGACCUUUCACGCCAUCUCCUCAUGAACAGCCGCCUUCCCCGACUUGACAGCCAUACGUUCCUCCUCAUCCAUAGUCUCCAACCCACCGAUAUUGGCCUCAUCACCAUCAAACAACCGAGCAAUCUCUUCCAGGGAUGGACCCUUUGUCUCGACAAACAAGAACCAAAUACACAAACACUCAAUGACCAAAAUGGCAAUAUACACAAAAUAAAACUUCCACUCCAGAUGUUUCAGCCCAAUCGGAUUCACAUACUGAUUGAACACGGACGCCGAAGCAGUCAACCCAAACCCAAUAGCCAGGCCCUUGGCACGGAUGUUGUACGGCAGGAUUUCCGCACAAUAAGCCACCGUCAACCCUGGCCAUGCGAAGCCUGCGACGCCAUAAAACAGGAAUAUCAUGGCGAUCACGGCGCCGCCGGCUCCUUUGUUUCCCGUUUGAGCGUAGACAGCGGAACAUCUGACAUCGAAACAGUUAGCAAGGGCGAAAGCCCUGUCGAGACUCAGGUAAAAGACAAUCUAUGCUUACCCAGUCCAAAUACUAAAAGUAACCAACAUGCCCACACCCGCAAUCAUGAACAAUUUCUUCCGGCCAAAUUUGUCAACCAACAAGGCGGAAAACCCCACAGCGACCAAAAAGGACCAGAUUUGCAACCCGCCGUUAAUGACCGAUUGGUCGUGCGAAGUCGUGAUUCCCACAGACUGUAAAAUGUCGUGCAAGUAGUACGACACCAACCCGUUACCGGAACACUGGGAGAAGAAAGAUGUCAAUGCGAUCAACAACAAUCGUUUCCGAUUGCCGCGGGUGCGCAGGAACACGGCCCAGUCGUUGUUGCUGUUUUGCUUUUCGAGCCGGAUGGUUUGUUCGAUUUCGGCGAACUCGGCUUGGACGAAGCGGUCGUUGCGGUCGCCGUUGGCGUGAUACUAGACAUACUUGGUUAGGGAUGAACAAGAAGGUGGGGAAGUGGUACAAUAUGUGUAGUGUAGUACCUUUACUAGAAUAUCAAAUGCUUCGUCCUCUCGGUUCUUGGAACAAAGCCAUCGAGGCGAUUCGGGCAAAAGCCAGAUACCGACAAAUUGGAUCACGGGCAUCAAGGCUUGCAAGGCCACGGGGAUCUUCCAUGCCGCGUCGGUGGUGUAUUGAAUUGUGCCGAAGACGGUCCAUGCUGCGAUUAUGGACCCGAGAUACCAGAGGGUGUUGUACAUUGUUGUCACGGUGCCUCGGUGUUGGGGGUGGGCUAGUUCGAUGAUUAGGAGGGGUGCGGAUCCUUGUGAGAUGUUGGACCUGGUUACAAUGUUAGAAGAAUUCAACUUCGCUUGGACAAGAAAAAGUGAAAAAGCUGGUGAUGAAGAAGCAAGCAACAACGUACCCAAAGCCAACGAGGAACCGGCCGCCGAUGUACAUGCCGCGAGUGACGUUUCCAGCAACUAUACAUAGAAGUUAGUGGAAUGAAAUGCAGCUGAGAUCACUGCUGGGUAUCGACGGUCCACUGCAGUCUGCGUGUGGAUUGCUGUUGAAGGUGGAUGGACUGACCUUGGAUAAUCGUCCCAACAAACAAGAUGACCAGUCCA